AUCAAUCAUAACGAUCAUGGAAUUUAAGAUAUGCUUACUUUAAACGAGAUUGUUCUAAACCCCUAGAACAUCAACUUUUGUGUCAAUAACCUGCCUCGACCACAGGUGCUAUAUGAUCCGUGAUAUGACAUUUUUAAAAACGGUUUCUAUGCGAGAUUUGUGUAUUCCAUUGAAAUAUAUAAACUUUGAAGUUACAUAUUUUAUCAAAAAUACGUCCGAAAUACCCAAGGAAAUGAACAUUUAAAAAUACAAGAAGGGGGGUACCGGAAGUCCUGUCCACAAGCACCUGUGGCCUCGACUUAAGAAUUGAUAAUACGCAGAACAUGCUUUUGUGUAUUGAAUCUGUUAAGAGAUAUAACCACAAUAUGCAGGUGAUAAUAAGACAUCCCUAUCCCUUUUUAUUGUCCAGAUGCAUUUGAAUGAAAUUUAACAACAGGUAGUGUGUUGCAAAAGUCUUUUGAAACAUUCCCCUGUGUGUCAGUUUAAAUCUAUAUAAGUAUUUAAACAAACCAUUUGGACUCACAUUAAAAAGUCGAACAGUCCGAGUCUCAUUAGCAGUUGAUAAAGCUACGUGUAAUAGAAGACUGGGAAUUCAACAUGACGAAAUAUACUUACCAUUACUUCAAUGUAAAAGGACGUGGGGAAAUUGUUCGCUUAAUAUUUGUAGCUGCUGGUGUAGAUUUCGAUGAUCGCAGGAUUGAAUUUCAGGAUUGGCCAAAGGUCAAACCAACCACACCCACUGGUCAGUUGCCAGUAUUAGAGAUUGAUGGUAAAAAGCAUUUCCAAAGUAUGGCAAUCGCCCGAUACAUAGCAAGAGAAUAUGGUUUGGCUGGAAAAACAAACAUGGAUCAGCUUCUGAUUGAGCAGGUGGUAGAUAUUGCACUGAUUAAGUCGAUGUUUGAAAAAGAUGAGGCAAGAAAGGCUGAACAGACUAAAAAACUAAAGGAAGAAAGCAUCCCGCGUGUGAUGGAUAUUUUGUCGAAAACUCUGAAGGGUAGUGGCGGGCAGUAUUUUGUAGGAAAAAAGCUCAGCUUAGCAGACAUUUAUUUCAUGGAUAUAGUAUCUCGAUUUUUGGAGAAGGAUGACAAAGUGUUAGAUAAGUUCCCUGAAUUAAAAGCUAACCUUGACAAAACAAUGUCUGAACCCAAGAUCAAAAAGUACCUCACCAAACGACCCAAAACAGAGGUCUAG